AUUAUAUUGUAUAUACGUAUGUCUACGUCUUCAUUGAUAGUCUGUUAAUACAAAUCACAUGAGGUGUGCGCGACUGCAUUAUUAAAGUGCUUUGACAAAUUCUACUCUCUUGAAAGCAGUACGACUCGGAUGUCGAUGGUUGAAAUUUUCUAACUCAAAGAACAAAUCUGCCAGUUAGUGAUAUUGUGGUUGUGAUCAGGUCUGCAGUGCAAGAAUAAAGCUCCUCCAUAUCUAAAUUACGUUGCUCAUUGAAGCGGUACUAGUGUGUGUUGGUGUCAGAACCAGCGAAUCCCAUAAAAGGUUGUGACUUUGGUGAUAUAUCAUGGCUGCUCAAUACCACUCAGGACAGCAGCGUGAGCCCCAGCGUCACCAAGGACCCCCUCCUCAGCAGCAUCAGCACAGGAAUGAACAUGACAACCCCCCAGGCGGCAGGUCUCAAGCUUUUUAUGACAACCAGCAACCUAUGGAUCGACAAAGUCAAUAUGGCAACCAGCAAGUGCUUGGUCAACAGCAUCCUCAUCAGCCAGGUGUGGAUUAUCAACCAUCUCAAUAUGUGCAACGACAGCAAUAUAGAAACCAAGAUCCUUUGGGACAACAACAACAACCCCAAUAUGGUAACCAAGAAUCUAUGAGUCGACAACAUCCUCAUGGCCCCGGACUACAACAGCAACCUCAGUACGGUAACCAAGAACCUAUGGGUCGACAACAGCCUCAACACGGCAAUCAAGAACCUAUAGGGCAACAGCAACCUCAGUAUGGUAACCAAGGACCUAUGGGUCGACAACAGCCUCAGCAUAGCUUCGGAGAACCUAUGCUACAACAGCAACCUCCGUAUGGUAACCAAGGACCUAUUGGUCGACAACAGCCUCAGAACGUCAACCAAGGGCAGCAGAAACCUCAGUAUGGUAACCAAGCUAUGGGUCGACAGCAGCCUCAACAUGGCAACCAACAGCAACCUCCGUUUGGUGUACCAUACCAAGAACCUGUGAGUCGACAGCAGCUUCACUACGGCAACCAAGAAAAUAUUGUGCAACAACAGCCUCAGUAUGAUAAUCAGCAAGCUGCUGGCCAAAAUUCUCAAAAUGGCAACCAAAGGGCCAUCCCCCAGCAAUCCCACUAUGGCAACCAGCAAGGUGCACCUCCUGUCCCUCGGCUACGGCAAAAAUCUCUCCCUCGAAGUAUCUCAUCAACAGACUUGGAAAAGACUAGCCAAUGUCGAUCAGUCAUUCAACAAGACUGGGUAAUUCAAGCACCACCUGGAGGAACAAACUUCUUUGCAACUGUGCCAAUUUUCACUCUCACACUACCAAACCUAGAUGCUUACCCUCCCGAUUUCCAACAGUUCGUGUUUGAUCGUUUGAUUGACAAGGGUGUACAACAGAACCUUGAACAAGAAAAAUGCCUGAACUGGUGUCGAUCGGCAACUCGCCUGGUGCCCCUCAUCACCACUGGAGAUGGCAACUGUCUCCUCCAUUCCGCAUCUCUGAGUAUGUGGGGAUUUCAAGAUCGAAAUUUUGCUCUUCGUCGAGCUGUCCACACAGCACUUGCAAAUUCUAGCAGCACCCAACUGCAUCGUCGAUGGAAGCAUAGCCGGGGCAUUGAAAAUCUUCAAAUGGGGAUAGAGCUGGAAGAUCAUCAGUGGGAUAAAGAGUGGCGAAUGGUGGUUUCUCAAGCAUCACUAGACACCCCUCAUGGACAGCCUUUGGAAAGCCUUGACGAUUUCCACAUUUUUGUGCUUGCCAACGUUCUUCGUCGACCGAUCAUAAUGUAUGCAGCUCCGAAGAUACGAUCUCAAGCUACUGGUGGCACGCUACAGCAAAUCAACUUUCACGGCAUCUAUCUUCCACUGCUAUGGGAAUCGAGCUCGUGUAAGAAGAAUCCACUACCUCUGGCCUACAUUGGAGGUCACUUUGUUGCCUUGGUUGCUAUUGAGUACCAUUCUGAGUACAGCCAAGGUAUGUUUACUCUUCCGCUGACAGACGUUCACGGUGAGGUGCUCCCAGUUCGAUUUACCCUCAAAAUGGAAGAACCGCCUGCUCUCAUUAUGGACUACCUCCGUACCACCAGAAUCUCAUCUGUGGGUGAUCCAUUUAUUACGAGUAAAAGCAUUGUCUGUGCACAGUUAUCAAUUGCUGAAAGACCAGCUUAUUUGAAACCACUUCUAUCAGGAUUUAUUGAUGCAUGUAGUGAAGCUCAUUUCGGGAAUCAGCCGCAAAAACGCACAGGGCAACCCCAACCUUACGAUUCUCGUCAACCAAAUCCAGCCCAACCUAAACGACGUUCUGUUCAUGUGUCAUCUUCAACUACUGUUGGUGAUCAAGACAGGCCAAAGUGCAUCAACAAUUGUGGUUCAUAUGGGGACCCUGAGAAAGCAGGCAUGUGCUCACGUUGCUACAAGAACUACCAGGCACAGCAACCCCAGCAAUCUGCUAGAAAUGAAGAAGACAUGUUUUAUUCCAAACAAUCGUCUCCACAGAAGCACGGAAACAAUCAGAAAUGUAUUAAUCAUUGUGGAAUGCAGGGGGACCCUCACAAGGGCGGUUUGUGCUAUCAGUGCCACGAGAAACAGUUACGAAACGAACAAGAUGUCCAACAUGGUGGUCAACAACAACAGCAAUUUCGUCAGAACUUUCAGCCAAGUCCUCCAAAUGGAGGGCAGAAGUGCAUUAAUGAUUGUGGAGCAUACGCUGACCCUGGUUCCGAAGUUGGAAUGUGCUCGGGAUGUCUGCAGAAGGAGAGGCAAGUUGCUAGUGCCACUGAAAGAAAAUAUUCUCAAAACGAAUUGAAUGCCCCACCACAACAAAACUUUAGCAACGGUGGUGGUAACAGUCCAAACAAUUCUGGCUCAAUCAAGUGCCCCAAAUGCUCCAACCCAGGACAUCCUAACUACCUUGGCAUGUGUGAAACAUGCUACCAAGGAGGUAGCUUGGAUCCCUCUCCUGGAAAAGAUAAUCACAUCUAUGAAACCAUUCCAGGGCCACCUAAUACAGAGCAGCCACCGAUAGCACAAGAUCGAAAUGCCAGAAAAAAUUGCCCCACUCCCAACUGUGAGUUUUUUGGAACCGCAGAUACUCUUUUUUACUGCUCGAAAUGCUUUGAGAGAGACAUGGAACGAAUACUGAAAGAAGUAGACCAGUCUCCAGCUCAGGGCUUUCAGGCAGCUAGUCAACCCCAAGCUCCACCCCCCAAGCCCGCUCAGUUUGAACAGCGUAUCAGGAACGUACAGCAACAACAUAUCCAGCCAAGUGCUCAACCGCACAGGAACGUACAGCAGCAACCUCCCCAGCCAAGUGCUCAAUCCCACUGUGCCGAUGGCAAAUGUCCUCAGUGUAGGACAUUUUAUGCGGACCAAGAGUAUGGUGGUUUGUGUUCCACCUGCUUCAUGGAAAAGACGAAGACCGAGACUCGAACAGAACAGUUUGUUCAAAAGCCAAUUUAUGAACAGUGUCAAACGAAAGAUUGCGCUAACUAUGCUGACGUUCAUGGUUUAUGCAAUGUAUGCGUUACAAAUCAGCUGCCACGCCAGAAGACAGCCCCUGUAUAUCAACCGCAAUACGAAAAGUGCAUGAACAUUGACUGCAGAGGAUUGCGAACACAGAAUGGAUUUUGUGAUAAUUGCAACAUGCACACUGGUCGUACUUACGCUGCCACUCAACAACAUCCUGUUUAUCCUCAGCAAAGUGAAAGACCCAUCCCCAAGCCGAGACGAAAUACUCAAGGUACUAGAGGAAUGGCCACUGCUCCAAUUAUGCACCUCAACGCUGCAAUGGAAGGUAUGAGUGUGUCAGGGGGAGGCACACAGUGCUUUGUGUGUACAGGAAAUAGGGAUACUGGCUCUAAUGUCCUCUGUCGAACGCAUGCCGAAAUUACCCAAAAAAUGCUGACACAACAACAUCCAGUGAUGUCCACGCCUCAAGGACAGCCCACUCAACCCAACUAUCAGCAGCAGCUUGAAGGCAGGAUGCAAGGUCAAGGUGGUGUACCUCUCACACAAGGUGGCCCUCAAUAUGGAAAUCAACCAUUUUUACCUCUCACACAAGGUGGCUCUCAGUAUGGAAAUCAACCAUUUACUGGCCAGAAUCAAGGCCUUCCGCCUCAUGGACGGGGUAUCUCAUAUGACCAGUAUGAAAACCCCCCGCAGCAGCAGCAGCAGAGAGCACCUCCCCACCAAAUUCAAGACCCUGGAUAUGUUGGAGCACAAGGUGGAUAUCGAAACCACCUCAACCAACAAGCUCUUUCCCCCGACAUACCACCACGACCCUCACAAGGUGAAGUGCCAUUUGGAGUGAAUAUGGAGCCGCCUCGUCAACAAACAGUUGGAGGAGCCGUUGGUGGAGCUGUUGGUGGAGGAGGAGGUGCGUUUGAAAAGCUACUAUGUGCAACUCCUGGCUGCUCAUUCAAAGGAUAUCGUGACCUGAGAAAUUUAUGUCCUGAUUGUUAUGAAGAGACCACUCGUCUUAAAGCCCCUGAUAAAUUCCCUCUUGUGUAAAGCGUUUGUAUAUAAUAUUGUUUGUUACUCUGAAACGUUCGUGUAGUUAAUUAUAAUUAGCUAUAAAAAAACAUGUAUAAUUAUAGGCGUAUAUAAAUUAUGUAUGUUGUAUGUUGUUGUUUUAUAAGUAUGUGCAGAUAAUUAUAUUGCAAUAAAAAGAUUAUGAUUGAUCAUUUA